AUGUCUCAGGAGCUGUUAGACGAGAAGACGGCCAGGAUUUCGAAGAAGUUUGCCGAGAAAGCAGCUCAGAUCAAGGCCAAGAAGGAGGCGAGCAAGAUGACCAGCACCGCAUUUGUGAUCACUGCAACCUCUGACGCCGACGUCAUCGCUACUCGAGCAUCCCAGAGAACCAAACAGCUUGAGAAGCGCCUGGAGGCGAGAAGAGCGCGUGUGGCGAAGAAGGCGACUGUGGACGCGCUGGAGACGCGCCAGAACCUCGCUGCUGAACGCCGCCAGGAACACAAGCUGGCUACCGUCUCUAAGGCCAAGAAGCGAGUCCGCUUCUCCCUCCCAGAUGACGAGCCAGGCAGCGAUGGCUACUAAAAGGGAGACGGACCAGACAAGACCAAGGGACCCGGAAGGGACCAACGUUUUUUUCCCGGAAACAACAUUUCUUCCAGGAAAUGUUGAGAGCAC